AUAAUUUCCUAAUUUCCGCCUAAAAUUACCCUUAUUUGAAAAACAUAUUUAUUUAUUCUGCACGUGUCUGUGUUUGGUUCAUAGCAUUACACCGUCUUACCAAAUUUAACUUGAUUUGGUCCAGUAGGUUUGAAGCACAUAGAUUGGGAGCAAAUUGGCUGUGGUCUGUGGCUGUGACAAACGGACUAUAAACAGACACACGGGUGUAAGGGUUCCGCUUUUUAAUUUUUUGACAUUCCUCUUUCUGUGUCAGGUCACGAACAUUAUGAAUUCAUUACUUAAAUCCACAUAUCUGCAAUAUACUAUUUCGAUAGAGAAAAUUAAAUGAAAAAUUGCCGGAGAUAGUUUUGUAAUUUUCAAUUUAGAAAAGUAUUUCAUUUAAAUUCAGAUCACAGAUGAUGGGACAAGACGGUAGUACAAGUCAUUUGGAUCACGAAAAAUAUGUAGACGAUGACGUCAUGAUCAGAAACGCUGUCAAACAGGAUAUGGCAUCAGUAAAUGAAAUGAUACACGAACUUGCACACUUUUUGGAGAGGCCAGAUGGACCGCAAUUAAGUUUAACUGAUUUGGAAAUGGAUGGAUUUGGGAGCAGCCCACCAGCGUUCUUCUGCAAAAUAGCCCAGUCCAUAUCAAACGGUAGACUCCUGGGCUAUGCCCUUUAUUUCCCGACGUAUUCCCCCUGGGAAGGCCGCGCUGUGAUGCUGGAAGACCUGUACGUGAGACCUUCGGAGAGUAAAACCGACGUUGGCAAGAAAUUGUUUAAUUCUGUCGCUAGGACAGCCAUCGAUAUGGGUAGUAACCGGCUAGAUCUGCACCUACUGCAGUGGAAUCCCGAGUGCAUAUACUUCCACCAACAAGGUGCCGUAAACCUGAAAAAGUCCGAGGACUGGUGUUACUACCGUUUACCUCUAUAUGGAGAUAUCAUAGAAGAGAUUCUCGAGGAUUCGUGAUAGUCAUGAAGCUAUAAAUAUUAAGUAUGUCAAAUAUUUCACAGUGCGUCAGUGACAAAAAAUAUUUUAGCUUAGUAUGCUUUAACUUUUGUGUGAAUAACAGGGAUAUUUUAACAAAAAAACGAAAUUUAACAAAAUAUUGUACAGCAUACGAUUUAGAUACAUUUUAACCUAAUAUUUUUAUUUGCAUUGUGUACAUGCAUUAAAAUAUUUGAAUUUUA